AAGAAAAAGCAGGCAGCUAUGUCUCUCCCCUCCCCUUCGCAAAAAAAAGUUCUGACAUUUCAAGCCUCCACUCAACACCAGCACGAUGACCUCCUGAACGACGUGGAACGAAAAGCAUAGAUAGAUAGAUAGAUAGAUAGAUAGGGAGGAGAGAGCCUGAUGAUGACUUUGGGUGUGUACCGCACUCCUGAAUUCUUCACCCACACAAGAUCUUUGGUGGCUCGGUCAAGAUGUGAGCGGAUGAUUUCUUUUGUUUAACGCCGUGGACGUCCGGGGGGUUUUCGUUUUGUACUUUUGACACAUUUCCCCCUUCCCAUCCCAUGCGCUGUGGGGGCCAAUGGUUGAUUUGGAGGUGUAUUUACUCUGAUCUGGAUUAGCUACUGAAGCCUGAUGAAGAAUAAGGCUGCCAAGCUGAAGUCCAAAAGGAAAGGAACUGAAAAUGCAUUCAGCUGUGACUUGACCGAACAUCUGCAGAACUCAGGACGAGACGUUCCUUAUGUUCUGAAGACUUGCACAGAGUUCAUAGAGAAACAUGGGAUUGUGGAUGGAAUCUACAGACUCUCAGGAAUCACAUCUAACAUUCAAAAACUCAGACAGGAGUUUUGCUCUGAAGCCUGUCCUGAUCUCACUAAAGAAGUGUAUCUUCAGGAUAUCCACUGCGUGGGCUCUUUAUGUAAGCUGUACUUCAGAGAGCUCCCCAACCCUCUCCUCACUUACGAACUCUACAAGAAAUUUACAGAUGCAGUGUCUGUUAAAGAGGAGCAGCAGCAACUCCAAAACAUCAGGAGUGUCAUAAAAGAACUCCCUGUUUCACACUUCAGAACGCUGGAAUACCUCACCAAACAUUUGGCACAUUUAGCUACCCUCAGUCACCAAACCAACAUGCAUGCUCGCAAUCUUGCUCUGGUGUGGGCUCCAAAUCUACUUCGCUCCAAGGAGGUAGAAGUGCCCUCCUGCAAUGGUGAUAUAGCAUUUCUGGAGGUGCGGGUCCAGCAGUCAGUCGUGGAGUUCAUUCUCAACCACACUGAGCAAAUCUUCAACCUGGAUCUUCAGCCAUGCAAGUCCAGAGAAGGCCCCAGCAUGGCGUGUGGGGAGAAGUACGCCACCUUGCCUGCCAGCACGCAGUCUGGCCCCAUGAAGCUCAUGAGUCUGGAAGAGGCGCAGGCUCGCUCUCUCAGUCCCAACCAUCCAGCGAUGAGAGAGAGACAAAGAGAGAACAGCCUUCCAGAUACAAGCACUGCUGCAAUGUACCACACAGUAAUAGAUCUGUCUGACAGCAGGAGAAAAUUCUCAGGAAAAUCUAAGAAGUGGAAGUCCAUCUUCAGUCUUGGGCGAUCUGUCAUCGACUCUAAAGGGAAGCUGAGUCGCAAUGGGAGUGUGUUUAUGAGAGCCCAAAAUCCCUCUGAAAAACCUGUUAUAAGGCCAUCCAAAAGCAUGGACUCUCUCUGUUCCUUUCAGGCAGCAGAUGAGCACAAAGCACCAACAGAAGGAAGCAAUGGUAUUUUUAUCCCAAGUCUAAAAUCCCGAACCCUGGGCUCGGAUAUCGACUACAAUCCAAACAAGAAGGAUCCAAAAUGGGACUCAGAUCCUCAUACUGCUUCGGGAGGAUGUGUGAAUGAGAAAAGAGAAAGAGCAUCAGAUGCCUCCUCUGCAUCUCCAUCUUUAUCCCCACUGCAGAAAACUCUUCCAGAACAGCUGAAGGUUUUCAAAGGUGAAGACCGCAGCGGCUGCCAGCCCACAUCUCCCAAAAACCGUCGGAUGCUGUAUUCUGGAUCUGCCAGUAGUGGAUCGUCUAGACCAUCUUUUCCAGGCAGCCUGUUUCCGCUGGAGUCGUCGCCGCGGCAACAACGGAAGGCCCUCAACAUUUCGGAACCCUUUGCGGUGUCUGUACCUUUGCGUGUGUCUGCAGUUAUUAACUCUAACAGCACCCCCUGCAGGGCACCAGGGAAAGAGCGGGACAGGGGUCUGGGGGGACUCUUUAAGCCCAGUAAGGAGGCUGGACCUCUGGAAGCCCAUCGCAGCGAAAGUAUUGGCACUGCUGGAUUGCGUGUCCCCAGCAGAAGCAGCAGUGGGAACUUCACGUUCACAGACUGGGAGACUGGACUAGCAGGUCACUCCAGCAGCACUGGGUUCAGAGAGCACCUGCUCAGUGACAGCAGCGGAGGCAGCGGAUGCAGUAUCUAUAGCAACAGCAGCCCUUUCCCCGCGGAAAAUGAGGAUCAGACUGGGGAAAGAGAUAUUACAGAUGCGCUCACUCUGGGGACAACAAAGAGUAUGACGAUUGGCAAGGAUGCAGAAGUGAGAGAGCUGAUAGCCAGUGUGGAGAAUUCUGAACCUCAGGCGUCAUCUGAGACUAAAGAAAUAGGGAAAGAACUGGAAACUACAUCAACACAACAAGAAAUGGCAAAAUUGGACAAACUGGAAGUAAUCAAAAAGGUGCCAUCGUCUGGCAUGCAUCAGAAAGUUUCAGUCACCGAGGCUAAAACAAGCAUGCCAGGUGAACAGGUGAAGCCCCGCUUCACCAAGAUGACUGGAAACGAGGACACUUGCAAGCUAAGUGCACAGAGAAGAAGUAGUUUGCCUACAAACACUGUGACGUCAAAGGGACUCUUUAUAGACCUUACCAAAAACGUGACGUUUGAUCAUUCUGCUGCUAUUACGUUUAAUUCUGUCACGAAGCAUUUCCCCGAAAGAUUGUUGUCUUGUGAUGGUGGCUGGAAUUACCUGGAUAAUGAAGCUGACAGGACAGAACACAAGAGCCUAGAGUCGCAAACCAUAAUAACAACCAGUCUAGAGCUUUCCCCAUUUCUCCACCUAAAGGAAACAGAUAUCCUCCAAGAUGCAGAGCCAUGCAGCGAAGAGGAACCAAGAACAGAGGCUGUUAGGAAAGACAACACUCCCAAAAGUGACUUGCCGGGUAAAUCGGACGUUCACACAUCUCUUCACUCUGACAUGAAAGAGCCAUUGAUAACAAAGGAUAUUUGUAAAGAUGAAAAUAAGGAGGUUAGUGGUGAACCAAAGAAAUUCGAUUUAGCAGAAAGAAUCAAGAGAAGUUUGGAAAGACUCCCGACUUGUCUGAAUGAACAACAGCGCACACUGGAAAGUUGUUGUCGAGAUGCUGUAGACACAUGGGGGAGUAAUUUGGAUCAGGUUGAACCAUGGGAAGACUUGUGUUCUGCCAAGCAAUGGGUAACCAGCCCUCUGCACUCACCAAAACCUAUGCCAUGUCAAGCAACUCACAGCCAAGUUCUUGAAAAACCAAAAGUGGACGACUUGCCUAAAGAACCAGCUGUGCUUGAUGACAUUACACCAUCUCAAACAGAGGCAGCUGUGACUGCCUGUGAACUCCGAAACAUUGACUUCCCGACAGGAAACAGAAAUGCAGAUACAAAUGUAACUUGUUUUUCACCGAUAACAGAGCAUUGCGAGAGUGAUAACCUCAAGUGGAUGGGAGACAAAGAUGACAGCAAACUUGAGAUUCCACAGGUUAAGAUACUGAAGGCAUUCACCGAUCCAGAUGAGACGGCUGCACUGCAAAACGUGAGCAAAGUAAAACAGAAACACUUAUCUCAGAGAUUUCAUCGACAGACAUCCCAUGAGUCUGGCGUCGUGGAGAGGAGUCGUGAAGACAUUCAACCCAAACUCAGGCCAUGCUCCCUAAACCUGGAUUUAGGACACCAAGGUGUCAGAGACUUUUCAAACAGUCACUAUCUGAAAAGUGUACAACAUUCAGUUGCACAGGAAUGCACGACGCUUGAAGCCAUGCACGGUAGCUCGUCUCUAGAGUUGGAGCUGUUCCUGAGUGGCUCUAAGGCACCUGUGCGACGCAACUCGGCACCAGUCAGCGUGUCAUCAGUUCGCACUGCAUUCAUGAUCAAAACUUGCAAAGCUAAAGCUGUUCCUGUUAUUCCGCCAAAAAUUCAGUACAGCCACAUACCUCACUCUCUACCUGAGGGGAGCACCGAUCAAGUCAAUCAAAGUGCACCUGAAAAGAAACCUGCUAAGAGCAAGUUGGGAAAGGAGGAACUGCCAAGCAGUGAUCCACCAUCAGCGAUUCCCAUGAACAACGCCACAUGCAACGAGAAUUACAAACCGACCUCCGUUCCAGAUCUCCCAGUGUUGAGAAGGAAGCGAUCUGCAAAUGGAGACACCUUUAUGGAUCGCCCCAGACCUGAGCGCUCAUCGCUUCUUCAGAGAUCAUCCUUCAGAAAUCGUCCAAGACCUCAGAGUCUCAUCCUGUUCAGCCCUCCGUUUCCAAUCAUGGACUACCCUCCGGUAGGGGACGACGGAAAGCUGCUCCUAUCUCCUAUUAAAGCUGAAGCAUCACCAUUUGACGUCUAUGCAAAUGAACUAGCAGAAAACCUCAAAACUGCUGAAGGAGUAACCUUGCGUAAUAAAAUGACUUUGCCAAAGAGUGGACAAAGGCUUGAGACCUCAACCAGUUGCUUUUACCAGCCACAAAGGAGGUCGAUGAUAAUUGACAAUAGAAGUAACAGGCAAAUUGAAUAAGACAGCUAUUAUUGGCCAUCAUGCAAUAACUAGUGAACUUCUUGCAUAUUAAAUGUGACCCUGGAGCACAAAACCAAUCAUAAGGGUGA